AUGCCAAUACCAUUUUAUCGACCCCUACCUGCUCAUCCGAAGGUGUAUGGGGACCGAAUCCUUCCUGAACCCAAGGCGAAUAUAUUCUCUAGAAUCGUAUUUCACUGGGUCACCCCGAUUAUGAGAGCUGGUUAUUCCAGACCACUAGAAGCUGAGGAUCUAUGGCAACUACCCGAUGAUUUACAAUGUAAGAACAUCGCAGAUCAACUCCAAAGCAACCUAAGCAAAUUGAGCACAAAUCAUAUAAUUGUGUCUCCAUCUCCAUCCAAAGACCAAUCGUCAAGUAGAGAAGAUAGUCUCUCAACAACAGAGAGUUCAAACGAACGAGUCAGAGAUAGCAUGGCAUUAUUUGAUACGCUUGAUGGAUUUUCAGUACAACAUCCUUCAGUCAAGUUAGAACCUGUGUAUCCUACGAAUUCAAGGCGAAAAUCAGGAUUCCCCAUAUCAUCCGUGGCAAGACAAGGAAUCACUGAAAGGGGAGAAAAGGGAAAAGAUACAUUCAACAAGCGUGAUCCGAGCCUUCUCAAGGCGAUGUAUAUGACGAUUUGGUGGAAAUGGUGGAAAGCAGUCAUCUUCAAGGGUUGUGCAGCCGGUUUACAGAUUACGGCACCGCUAGUGACAAAACUCUUGAUUGAACAACUUACUCUUGCCCAUAAUUACCAUCAAGACAUCAAUGCGGAAUCAUCAAGGUCAUUAGGCUACAUGAUAGGGCUAGGAGUGGCAUUGUUUAUCAUGGCACAAGCCGCAAGUCUAUUCUCUUAUCAGGCGUUACAGAGAGGUAGUGUAAUUGGGUUCAUGAUGAGAGCUGCUUUGAUCGAUCUGAUUGGAAGGAAAUCAUUGCGAUUAUCCAGUAAAUCCAAAGGGGAAUUCACUUCUGGAAAGUUGACUACGAUGGUAUCAGCCGAUGCGUCCUUCUUAGAUUUCUCUGCACCUAUGACACUUGACUUGAUAGUUCAGCCUGUCCAGAUACUGGUCGGACUAGGAUUGUUGAUCUGGACUUUAGGAUAUUCAGCUAUGGUCGGAUUAGCAGUAUUAACUCUCGCUGGGCCACUACAAGCAUACAUGUUUAAACGAAUGAUCUCAACUCGACAAUCUCAAUUACGAUUUGUUGAUUCUAGAGUCCGGUUAUUAUCAGAAACUAUAACUUCCAUCCGAUCAAUAAAACUAUUUUCAUACGUCGAUUUCUUUUCCAAUAAAGUGAAUGAUAUGAGAAGGAAUGAAUUGAUCUAUUUAAAGAAGAACGGGUUCAAUAGAGCGACGAUGAAUGCUACUAUGGCUGUCAUACCUACCCUAGCUGCAGUCUUGACUUUCGUUACGUAUGGUCUGACAGGACAUCAAUUGAAUCCAGCUAUAAUUUUCUCAGGAUUACAAUUCUUCAAUGUAUUGAAAACUCCAAUAUCAUUCUUGCCUAUGUGCUUCACAGCUGUCAGUGAUGCUUUAGUUGGUAUACGUCGUAUAAGCUCUUUAUUAAACUCAGAUGAAGUACCGCCAAAAUUGAAUAUCGAUCACAAAGCGAAAUACACAAUUGACGUGAAAGGCAAUUUCCAAUUUGAGGCAUCAACCGAAUCGAGAAUCCCAAAACAAGAGCACGACGAAAAGAAGUCUGUUCACGAAAUUGAGCCAUUCUCGUUGAAGAGUAUUGAUAUACGAAUUCCUAAGGGUUUCCUCGUUUGUAUAGUAGGGAAAGUUGGAACUGGCAAAUCAGCUUUACUUUCCUCUCUGAUAGGCGAUAUGAGACAGUUGGAUGGACAUGUGAUAUUUGGUGGAUCAGUAAGCUAUGUUCCUCAACAAGCUUGGAUCCAUUCUGGGAGUGUUAGGGACAACAUCACUUUCUCCUCUCCUUCGGAUAAAAUCGAUUUCGCCCGACUGGGGAAUGUGAUUGAGGCAUGUGCGUUGAGAAGUGAUAUCGAUGCUAUGGUCAACGGGGCACUCACCAACGUAGGUGAAAAAGGACUGUUGCUUUCGGGAGGACAAAGACAACGAAUCUCAUUAGCCCGAUCAGCUUAUUCCAAGUCUUCAGUUGUACUUGUAGAUGAUCCUUUAUCAGCUGUGGACGCUAAUGUAUCUCAUCAUAUCUUGAAAGAAUGUGUAUUGGGUGGACCGAUGGUAGGUAGAACAAGAGUCAUGGUAACUCAUCAAAUAGAUGUUCUGCCACAUGCAGAUUUGAUUUUAGUCAUGGAUCGAGACGAUCAGGGUUCAGGAAGAAUCGUUCAGCAAGGUACUUACGAGAGUUUGAGAAAUCGACAAGGCCCAUUUAAGACUUUUAUUUCCGAUUAUUCCUCUCAAACCCCAAACUCUCCGAAUAAAUCUACCACACCGAAUUCUGCGGCAGGUAGAGCCAAUCUCAAGGAGAGCAAGGAAGAAAAGUCGAAAGGAGUAGAAAUGAUGGAAGAAGAUAGACAAACAGGAUCAAUACCUUGGUCAAUUUACCAAACAUACUUUGUGGCUAUGGGGAACAUAUUUUGGCCGAUCCUCUUUGGAGCCAUGUUGAUUAUGACUCAAUUGACUACAGUUGGAAAUAGUCUAUGGUUAGGUUGGUGGUCUGCUGAGAGGUUUAGUCUAGAUCAAGGUGGUUAUAUGGGCAUCUAUGCAGCAUUGGGAGUGGCUAUUGGAUUAUUCACUUGGGCAGCCUCAUAUACGAUGUUUGUAGCUGGCCUCAAAGCUUCUUAUAGGCUGUUCGAGGAAGCCUGGGACCAUGUGAUGAGGGCACCUGUAAGGUGGCACGACCAUACUCCUAGCGGACGAAUCAUCAACAGGUUGUCCAAGGAUAUCCAAAUGCUUGAUGAUAGGAUGGCGUUUUCAUGGGAAACUCUUCUCGUGAAUGGACUAGCAGCUAUUGGUACUUUUGGAUUGAUCCUCUAUAUCUAUCCAUGGUUGGGUAUCUCCUUCCUUCCACUUGUCCUAUUCUACUGGAUUUGCGGAUCAUAUUAUCGACAAACUUCAAGAGAGAUCAAAAGGAUAGAUUCGAUAACUAGGUCUCAGAUAUACAGCUCGUUUGGCGAACAACUCGAUGGGUUAUCCGUCAUCAGAGCUUUUGGUAAACAAGAUAUAUUCGAGAAUAGGAUGCAGGACGCUAUCAAUGUGGAAGGUAGAGCAUAUAUACUCACGCUUGUCAUUCAAAGAUGGCUUGGAGUUCGUCUUGAUCUAUCAUCUAAUCUUUUGAUCUUGCUCAUCGCAAUAUUCGGUAUAUUGUUUCGAUAUUCGGUGGAUCCAUCUUCUUUCGGUGUGGUAUUCUCUUAUGCUUUAUCGGCUGCUCAACUGUUUUCUAAUUUGGUUUCGCUGUAUGCGCAAGUAGAGUUGGAGAUGAACAACGCGGAACGUAUAAUCCAUUAUACCAAUCUCCCAAUUGAACCCCCACCUCAUCUUUCCACUGACCCGUCUGAGCAUAUCUGGCCAAAAGAAGGGAAAAUGAAAUUCAACAAGGUCUCUCUAAGGUACUCCGAAGAGGGACCAUGGGUAUUGAAAAACCUUAAAUUCCAAGUUGAAGGUGGAGAAAAGGUUGGUGUGAUAGGUAGGACUGGUGCUGGCAAAAGUAGUUUGGUAGGAGGAAUAAUGAAGAUGAUUGACAUCCAAGGAAAAAUUGAAGUGGACGGAUUAGAUUUGGGUCUGAUGGGUGUUGAUACUGUAAGAGAGAGAAUUGGGAUUAUACCUCAAGAUGCUUUUUUGUUUGAAGGGACAAUCAGGGAUAACCUCGAUCCCUUAUCUAAACAUCCAGAUCAUCAUCUGAAUUCUUUAUUAUCCUUAAUUCAUUCAGAUCCAUUAUUACCUAUGAAUCAAUCUACAAAGGAUAAGUUUCGAUUGGAUUCCAAAGUCGGUAAUGGGGGUAAUGAUUUCAGUGCAGGUGAAAAGCAAUUGAUCGCAUUGAUUCGAGCAUUAGCAAGAGAUACAAAGAUUCUUUUAUUGGACGAAGCUACCUCAUCAGUCGAUCCAGAAACGGAUUCUUUGAUUCAACGUAUCAUUCAAAAUCACUUACAAGGUGUUACUCUUAUCUCAAUAGCACAUAGACUCCAGACUGUAGCUUAUUACGAUAGGAUUCUAGUAUUGGAUCAAGGUAAAGUAGCCGAGUACGAUACACCUCUUUCAAUAUACGAUAAAAUCGAUUCGAUCUUCCGUCAAUUAUGCGAUAGAGUUAAUCUUCGUCGAACUGAUUUACUUCGACUUCGACAUGACGCACUUUACGCACUCGAAAGUUCUAGAGACGAUAAUAGUUUAUACAACCAUUACACAAUUGCUGACGCCUGGGUAAAGAAUGGUGGAGUUAGGGUAUCAGAGUAUAAACCGUGA